AUGGCCGGUCUUGAGUCGGCCGGAUCGCCUAGCAAGCGUGGACGUGCAUCAAGCCAUUUCGCCAUCCACGAGGAAGAGGAAGGCAAACAUAGUACCGCUGGAGCUGCGAGCUGUAUUGGCAGCGUCAAACCUACUACACCCAGUAGUGCAGAACAGACGCAGUCUGGAGCAAUAGACGCCUUACUAACCAAAUUGUCUGAGUCACAAAUAAAGCUGGCUCAACAGCAAUCUGCUCUUUCUACAAAUUCUGAUGAAGAAAACAUCCAGCCUCCCGAUGGCUCUUCCAACAGCUCCGCUCUAUUCACACCAGCCUCGGACGCUCGCAGCAACACCUACGGUUCUCAGACCCACGAUAAGAGCGGGCAUAGCGAGACUAUUGAAGUCUCUCGAUUGAAGCGAGAGUUGGAUGUAGCUAAAGAACGGCUCGCUUUUCAAGCACAAGAGAUUAAUCAACGUGUCCCGAAGCAAACAUUGGACACCCAUACUCCCCUAGCCCCUGACGGAGGGCUAAGUCCGACAGUAAUCAAUCGCAACUUCGCAGGCGCUCCACGUCAAAGUUGGGUUAGCAGUGACGAAGCUCGUUCUGAUUUCUCAGACUCUUACACCUCAUCCAAUGUAUGGUCGGCUGCUCCUCGCCAAGGCUUCAGUAUGGGCAUGCAACCAGACUCGGCAUGGGGCUUUGCAGGAGGGCGAGCAUAUAAUCAACGCAACGCAGGCCCCAUGCCUCCGCCACAAGAGCACUCUUUUCAGCAGCGAAACUAUGCCGUACCACUUUCUCCUGGAGGCAGCAACGCCAGCCGUGUCAUGAGUGAUUCGACAGGAUUCAGUAAUUCGAAUAUGGGUCGUGGCUUCGGUCGAUUCAAUUUCCAAGAUAAUCGGAACAAUCAGGCUUUUGCACCUCGUGGCAAUUUUGACAUGUAUACGCCUUCGGUGGCUGAUAACCUCGGCGGAAUGAAUCCUGGAUCAGCAUUUCAAAACAUGGGAGCAUAUCAAGGCUAUCAGCCUCAACCAAUCGGUACUCCACUUUCGCCCACGGCGAGCACCUUCAGCUCUGGCGGCGUCCCACUUCCAAAUCCGUGGAACUCGGGACCUCCGUCAUCUCCGGGACAAACCUACCUCCAACCUAUGGAGCCACUCAAUUACCGCCGUCUUCUAGAUCGCUCGGUCUCCUGCAACUGGAAAUACAUCGUUGACAAGAUAGUCUGCAACAAUGAUCAACAGGCCUCGAUCUUUCUUCAGCAAAAAUUGAAGGUUGGAACAGCGGAACAAAAGUACGACAUCAUUGAGUCCAUUGUCGCGCAGGCUUAUCCAUUGAUGGUCAAUCGGUUUGGAAAUUUCUUGGUACAACGCUGCUUUGAACAUGGCACCCCGGAGCAAGUCAAUGCCAUUGCCAGCGCCAUUCGUGGCAACACUUUGAGCUUGAGUAUGGAUCCAUUUGGUUGUCAUGUGGUUCAAAAAGCUUUUGAUACGGUCCCAGAAGAGUACAAAGCUGUCAUGGUACAUGAGCUACUCCGUCGUAUUCCAGAAACUGUAAUCCAUCGCUACGCCUGCCAUGUGUGGCAAAAAUUAUUUGAGCUACGCUGGUCUGACUCGCCACCACAAAUCAUGAAAUUCGUCAAUGAGGCUCUCCGCGGCAUGUGGCACGAAGUAGCCCUAGGGGAGACAGGUAGUCUGGUCGUGCAAAACAUCUUUGAGAAUUGCCUGGAAGAAGAUAAGCGUCCAUGCAUCAAUGAAGUACUGGGUAGCAUCGAUAUUGUUGCUCAUGGCCAAUUUGGAAAUUGGUGCAUCCAGCACGUUUGCGAGCAUGGUGCACCAGCUGACCGCAGCCGCGCCAUCGAACAUAUUCUCCGUUAUGCUACUGAGUACAGUAUGGAUCAGUUCGCUUCCAAAGUCGUGGAAAAAUGUCUCAAAAUUGGAGGUUCUGAAUUUCUGGAGCGUUAUCUCGAGCGUGUCUGUGAAGGCCGGCCUGAUCGUCCACGCAUUCCCCUGAUCGAUAGUGGGUAA